AGCUGGAGGCAUGGCAGCCCCCCAUGGAGAGCAGAUCCACCAGCAGGUGCAGGAUUACUAUGGCAAGGAGCUGCAGAAGUCAAAGGACCUGAAAACCAAUGCGUGCAUCACCUCAAGCAGGCGCCUUCCCAAGGCAGUGAGGGAUGCUUUGGAGCGUGUCCACGAUGAGGUGGUGUCCAGGUACUACGGCUGUGGUCUGGUGAUCCCCGAGCGCCUGGCGGCGUGCCGGAUCCUGGACCUGGGCAGCGGCAGCGGCAGAGACUGCUACCUGCUGAGCCAGCUGGUCGGGGAGCACGGCCACGUCACCGGCAUAGACAUGACCGAGGGCCAGGUUGAGGUAGCGAAGAGGCAUAUUGCCUACCAUAUGGAGAAGUUUGGCUACCAAAAGCCAAAUGUGGAGUUCCUCCAGGGCUACAUGGAGAAGCUGGGUGAUGUGGGGCUGGCCGAUGAAAGCUACGAUAUUGUCAUCUCCAACUGUGUGAUCAACCUCGUCCCUGACAAGAGGGCCGUGCUGCGCGAGGCCCACCGUGUGCUGAAGCCCAGGGGAGAGAUGUACUUCAGCGAUGUCUAUGCCAGCCAGCGCCCGCACGAGACCAUCCAGAAGCACAGAGUGCUGUGGGGGGAGUGUCUGGCAGGAGCCCUGUACUGGAGAGACCUGUACAGCAUCGCCGAGGAGGUGGGAUUCAGCACGCCGUGCCUGGUCACCGCCAGCCCCAUCACUACCGGUGACAAGGAGCUGGAGGGCAUCCUCGGUGACUGCCGCUUCGUCUCUGCGACUUUCCGCCUGUUCAAGGUGCCAGAGAGCAGCCGAGCCGGGCCAGGCCAGGUCACCUACAAGGGCGGGAUUGUGGGGCAUGAGCAAGAGCUGGUGUUUGAUGCCAACUUCACCUUCAAGAAAGGAGAGGUGGUGGAUGUAGAUGCUGAGAUGGCUGCGAUCUUGUGGAGCUCCAGGUUUGCAGAGGAGUUCCAGAUCCGAGAUGGUGGAGCCAAAACUGCUGCACCACAAGACUGCUGUUACAAGGGGGUGAAGGAGAAGAUCUGCAAUCCCUUCCAGCUGCUGGAGGGACCAGUGGCCCUAGGUCCUGCCUGCCAUACUGGUGGCACCUGUGGUCCUCCAGGAUGCUGCUGAGUGGCAAGUGAUGCCCCCAUGCCGGUGGAUGCUGUUGGGA